UCGUCAUUUAGUAUUCACUGAGAAUUGUUGAAAUGAAGCUUUUACUUGUUUGCUGCGUGGCCGCGCUUGUGGUGACAAUCUGUUAUGCUGGAGAACCUAGCGGACCCAGUAGGCAGAAGCGCUUAUCACUGAGAGGCGAUGGUGCUCCUGGAGAGCCUGGCAAGAAUGGUGGAGGAGGUGGAGGUGGUGGUGGUGGCGGCAACGGAGGAGGUGGCGGAAAUGGAGGCGGUGGUGGAAAUGGUGGUGGCGGAAAUGGUGGUGGUGGCGGAAACGGGGGCGGUGGUGGAAAUGGUGGUGGUGGUGGCGGAAACGGGGGCGGUGGCGGAAAUGGUGGUGGUGGAAAUGGAGGUGAUGGCGGCAAAGGAGGUGAUGACGGUGCUCCCGGUGCUCCUGGCGCUCCAGGUCACUAAUUUUUUUCAUAAAUAAAGCUUUGGGAUAUAAAAUAUA